UGGCUAUCUAGCGUGUCGUAUUGAUGCCGACGCUUUGUGCAAUGUGAACCAGUGUUUCUAAAUACAAGGACUUUAUAGCCCAUUAUGGGCACUUACAAGAUGUCUAACGAUGAAUCCAGUGUCCGUGUAGCAGUGAGGAUCCGUCCUCAAACACCAAGCGAAGUCGUUGAAGGAUGCGGCAUCUGCGCCCGAGCCGGUGGCCCCGCCGGGGAAGGCGGGGUGGCUCUGGGCGCUGAACGAGCCUUCACCUUCGAUUUUGCAUUCGAACCUUCAGUGCACCAGCAAGAUGUCUACGAAACGUGUGUCAAGAAGCUGGUGGAGGCGGCAUUGGAUGGAUAUAACGCUACAGUGUUGGCUUAUGGGCAGACGGGUUCAGGCAAGACUUACACAAUGGGCAGCGGCUGGGAAGGCGAAGGCGACGGCGACGCAGACCGAAAAGGCAUAAUACCUCGUGCAAUUAGAGAUCUCUUCGCUGGUGCCGAUGAGAGAGCUGAAAAUGCAAGAUCUCAGGGUCUGCUACCACCGGAAUUUUCCGUCCAGGCCCAGUUUAUUGAGCUUUACAAUGAGGAUAUUGUGGAUCUACUCGAUCCUGCUAAAGAUCCGUUUGCUAAGGGUGCCCUAAGAAUAACGGAGGAUGGCAACGGUGGAGUACGUAUAGUCGGAGCAUCAAUGCGUCCAGUUAGAGGGGUCAAGGAAGCUUUAGGCGCUUUGAGAGCCGGAGCUCUGGCCAGAACAACAGCAGCUACAAAUAUGAACUCAUCGUCAUCAAGAUCACACGCUGUAUUUACUUUGCUGAUGCGUCAGAGAAGAUUGGCACCGGACCAGGAUCAAGUAGACAAGGAUGCAGAGAAUGAAGCCCCUGAACAGUACGAGACUUUGACAGCAAAAUUCCAUUUUGUGGAUCUCGCGGGGUCCGAGAGAUUAAAACGAACAGGAGCAACCGGAGACAGAGCAAAGGAAGGCAUAUCAAUCAACUGUGGACUACUAGCCCUCGGUAACGUGAUAUCUGCUUUAGGAGACAAAUCAAGAAAAGCCUUGCAUGUACCGUAUCGUGAUUCUAAAUUGACAAGGCUAUUACAAGAUUCACUUGGAGGUAAUAGCAACACCGUCAUGAUAGCUUGUGUAUCACCCAGCGACCGCGACUUUAUGGAGACAUUAAACACACUGAAAUACGCAAACAGAGCUCGUAACAUAAAGAACCGAUGCGUCAUCAACCAGGACUUGACAUCGCGCACUAUUCACCAACUGAGACAAGAAGUCGCGAGAUUGCAGCUGGAACUCGCGGAAUAUAAACAGGGCAAACGUGUAAUAUCAGAAAAUGGCGAAGAGGGCUGGAGCGACGUAGUGCAAGAGAAUGCAAUCCUCACAGGCGAAGUUGAAUCCCUUAGACGAAGAAUCAAAGCUAUGCAAGGCACCAUCGAGCAACUGUCGGCGAGAAACAGCGAACUUAUUGCUGAGAAAGCGUUGGGGCAAUGGGCACCGAAAGACGGAAGUCCAGAUGCUAAUGAGUGUUCUUUGACCUCUCUAGUUCAGGGCUAUGUAAGCGAGAUCGAAGAUCUUCGUGCACAAUUAAUGGAAGCGAACGCUCUAUACGAAACCACGCGUAACUCGCGUAAGAUCGCGGCACGUGCACGACACGACUCCAUCCACGACGCGUCUUCAGUUAUUGAUGGCGCGAAGCGGGAAUUAUACAAGGAAAAGGAACUCCUAGCCCGAAGUAUGGGUGAAUUAGAAUUCCAACGCAAACUGAAUAUGAGCGACAGUAUGACGAGCGCUGGUGGUGGCGAUUCGGAGCAUUCGGAGCUUCGGGCAAUUGGGGAACGGGAACGUGCUGAGGGAGAGAGCGCAGACGAUUCUGACUCUUCGGAUGGGGACAGUGAGAGCAAUUCUGAAGAUGAAGACUCAGAGGCCAAAGGACAACGGAUACUUUCAUCGCAAUUAGCAACCUUAAGCGAAGAUAUUGACACGAAAGCACGUCUGAUCGAACAACUGGAAGCGUCACAGAGGAGACUCGCCACAAUGAGAACGUACUACGAACAACGACUUGAUACUUUGCACCACCAGAUUAAGGCCACCAGCGAGGAGAGGGACAAAUUUUUAAGCUCACUUGCUACGCAAGCGUCACCUCCGAGCGAGAAAUUGAAACGCGUAAAGGAAGACUAUGAACGUCGCAUGACCUCGAUGUCCCGCGAGUUGAAGCGGCUGCAGGCGGCGCAGCGCGAACACACGCGGCUUCAGCGCUCGCAGCAGCAGACGGCCCAGCAACUUUGCACCUUGAGAACCGAGCUGCAGAACAUGAAACGCGAUAAGGUGAAAUUAGUACAACGUAUGCGCGCUGAAUCCAAGCGUCACGCGCAAGCUGAAGCUGCGAGAGCCAAAGAGGUAGCUCAACUUCGCAAGGAGUCUCGGAAGAAUGCCAAUAUAAUUCGGUCACUGGAAGCGGAAACAAAACUUAAAGAACAGGUGUUAAAGAGGAAACAGGAAGAAGUAUCACUGCUUAGAAGAGGUCAUCGUGAUAAGUUGUCGAGUCGAGCCGCUGGCAGGUUACACGAGCGAUCCCGCAACCGCAACUCGUGUCGCGAAGUGUGGUCCCGGCUGGAGCGCUGGCUGUCCCGGUCGUGCGCCGCGCGCUGCACUCUGGGCGAACUGGAGGCGGCCCUAGAGCGGCAACUCCGGCAGCGCGAGAAGGCCCGCACCGACCAGGACAACGACGCAGACGCCGCUCAGCUGAUGCAGUACCUCAAGGAAGCCAUCGCCGACACGCAGCAGCAGAUCAUGCAGAUUGAGGAAGAAACCGAAGAAAACGAGCUUCCUCUUAUUCUCGAGCAAGUGGUGAACGCUGAAGCCGGUCGAUACGCCUUAGAAAGACUCGCUGCGCAAGCGUUGCAUCAUGCACAGGAUGCUGCUCGAAAUUUGAAGAUGUUACACGACACUCAGGCGCAGCUCAGAGAGAUGGAAGAAACAUCAGAGCGAACAGCAAGCGCUCUAAGAGCCGCCGGAGACCACAAUCUCAACCCAUGGGGCGUACCGCCACCAGCCUUGGCCGCCUUACUAGCACACGUCUCUUCAGGAACUUCUACCAGAUCCGUUUCGCCCUCUGACAGUUCGCUAAUGGAGCGUCCAGCGCUGACCACACGCGAGUCUUUGACUGCUCCUACGUCACCACCUGAUGAUAACAGCAACGGAUCGCCUUUUUAUCGCAACACUGGCCGCCGUGGCUCGGUGCGGUUACGUGACCUGGGCGUCUACAGCAAGGAUGAAGAUCCGAUGACUCAAUCCUUAGUGGAGCCGACUUCCCCGCGCCCAAUACCGCUCAGUCGCGUUCCCAGCGCGCCUGGAAGCCUCAGAGGCCUGCAGCCAAUAAACGCUUCGCUGGCCUCUCCCCUCACUGUCCGGCGCGCACCGCUGGAGAGCCCGCGGCCAGCCCGCCGCUACCUCGUCAAACCACAGUCCUUGGACCCAUCGGUAGUUGGUCGCGAAACGCCGCCAAUGUCGCCCAGCGCCACGAGACGGGCGCGAGACGACGACGUGUUCCUGCGACUAGCUGGUGCCGGACAUGACAACUCGCCGCAGGGGACUGUUAAGGAACUUGCUAUGAAGCGUGCGAGUGGCGGCUCGUCAUCAGCGUGGUUGCAAUGCACGCACGUGGCUGAAGGACAUGCAGGCGCUGCUCUGGCGCUCGCAGCGAGCACUAGCUUGCUGUAUAGCGGGGGAGUUGAUCGUACAGUCCGCGGUUGGGAUCUCACAGUGGGAACCGAAGCUUGGCGUGGCUGGUGCGGGGGUGGGGUCACUGCUCUCGUAGCCGGAGAGAGCGACCCACGUGGGGAUGGCAGGCUGCUAUUGGCAGCGGCGGGGGCUGCGGUGCGCUUCUUUGAUACCAGAAGUCGGACGCCGUUGACUACUUUAUGGUCUUCGGGCGCAACUGGCGCGUGUCCGUCUACGCGUGGCGGCGCACCGGCACCAGGCGAGGUAGCUGUCACUGCGCUAGCGCUAACCCACUCACACCGACUAUACACCGCCGCUGGGGACAAAAUCCGUCUUUGGGAUCUCAGGAUGUUAGAAUGUGUAUCCAAAGUAUGGUCUGGCCACGCAGCAGCGGUGAUGUGCCUGGCGAUAGGGCGCGGCGCGGGCAGCGACUUGGUCGUAUCCGGUUCGAAGGACCAUUACGUGCGAACGCUCGACAUGCAACCGCAAGAUACAGGGAGCUGGGAAGCCAGCAACCGUCAUCUACUACAACCACCGCACUAUGACGGUGUACAAGCGCUAGCGCUAUACGGGGAUGCACUAUACAGUGCCUCAAGAGACACCAGCCUCAAACGAUGGAACCUGGCUGACAAUACAUUAACCCAUAGCGUCAUGAACGCGCACAAAGGCUGGGUAACAGGAGUGUGCGUGGUAGGCGAAGAGGCAGAAACGUUAGUUGCGAGCUGCGGCCGCGAUGCGGCGCUGCGACUGUGGAGCCCUGCGCUGCGUCCUGCCGCGCCCUCUGCAGCAUUGCCGGACGCGCCGCACGCACUGGCCAGACAUCCGGUGACGCAACUGAGGAUGCUGUAUACUGCUGGGAACGGCGGCGACGUACGUGCCUGGCGGGUGGCCGAGCAGUGAACACAGCGACGGGCGCGUCCGCUGCUGGCGCAUACGCAAAUCGCGGUGACCCCUCCCCACCUCCGCGCCGCCGCAGCCGCCGUGCCGUCGCCAAAAGCGCGCCUGGAGGUGAUACCGCUCCUUGUAAUAGCAUGUAUACUCUUUCCGCUAUUUUAUUUUCUCAUGGACGUAUGCGAAAAAAGAGAUGCACAUAUUGUAUUAGAGCAUAAGAAUAACAUGUUAUCACUCUCAAACCAGUUCGGUUAAAUAUUCUAUCAUGGCAAACAUAGAUCGACCGUGAUUAGAGUUGUAAUGCAGUGUUGCGAAUAACGUUUAUAAACGAAAAAUAAAAUGACAGUUUGAUGUCGUUCAUAAACGUGGUAACUUUAGUUCCUUUUUUUUUGUCAUAAUACAGGUAAUGUAAUUGUUUAUUAUGUUUACAGAUAGUCGGUCUGUGGAUUGUACAAACUCUAAUAAUUGUCCUUGCAACACUAAUGGACGAAACUUUCAAUUCUUCAUAAGACAAAUAUGAAUUAUUAAUCACAAUAUGGAACAUGGUUUUGCGAAUCGCACUAUGUAAAUACAUUUUUUCGUUCACAAUUCUAAGUUACGUCCAUUUAUGACACAAGAGACAUUAUGUAUUUAAUUUUUAUGGUAUUUAAGUAUACGUAAACUCGCGAUUUUAACUUUAAUAUUUAAAUAAUUAAACGUCAUGAAAAACAU